AUGGCUGGGCAGGCGCAACUGCCCCGUAGAAUUGUCAAGGAAACGCAAAGACUUAUGAGUGAACCAGCUCCUGGCAUCAGUGCAUCGCCAUGUGAAGAUAACCUACGCUACUUCAACGUUAUCAUCCUGGGGCCUCAUAACACACCAUAUGAAGGCAUGCAGCAGUUUUCUUGCAAAGUCCGCUUCCUGACUAAGAUCUACCAUCCCAACAUCGACAAGCUUGGCCGCAUCUGCCUGGAUAUUUUGAAGGACAAAUGGAGCCCAGCCCUGCAGAUACGCACUGUCCUGCUGAGCAUCCAGGCCCUCCUAAGCGCUCCCAACCCGGAUGACCCGCUGGCUGAGAAUGUUGCCAAGCACUGGAAGGACAAUGAAAAGGAGGCUGUGGAGAUGGCAAAGAAGUGGACGCAUUCAUAUGCCUCAGAAUGA